AUGGAUUCAAAGGAGCCGUCGCUGAAGUCUAGAUCCUACACAUCACGCUUCACAAAAUCAUCUGCAGGGAAUGCUGCGGCUUUAGCCCGUGCCAACGCAGAGGCAGCAAAAGCACGACUGAACUUUGCAGAAAAAGACAUGAUCCUAGCAAUGGAAAAAGCCCAAUUAGAAGCACAAAUGAUGAAACUGUCUCUAGAAAGAGAUGCAGCUGUAGCUGAAGCGGAGGCUAAGGCGCUAGAAGCAGCGUUAAGCAUGGAUGGCAGUGUGCGAAGUAGCAGGAAGCUACCACUUCAAGAGAUUCCCUGUGAUCCUCUAGGGCGGACCAGAGAAUAUGUCACUGAACAGUCUAAAGAACAUUCGUCUUUAGCAUUAGAAGAAUACGCUCAGGAUGGUGCUCGUGAGCGAGGCACACAAUCCAACGCCCCUCUUCACCCCUUCAUCCAGGACAGUGUUGGUCAGCUACACACACAUUCAACCCCGGCACUGCAUCCACAUCCUCAUUCUCCUUCUCAAAAUGAAAGCAGCCAUCUAUGUUUAGACCCAGCACCAAGAAACUAUCACCAUGCUCCCCAGUCCAUAGAAGUAGAUAGGCCAGCUGCUUCCAACAUCACACAAACAGCAGCAAGCAGAGUAACUGUAAAUCAGCCACAACCCUCUAUGACCACGCCCCUACCCUUCAAGAAUACUCAAGGUUAUCAUAACCCACAGGGAUCAAGUAAUAAUGGUUUUCAGUAUCCCGCCAUGUCCAGUAACACUCCUCAUAAUGCUCAUCAUGACAGAUCAGGUAUGAGUGAUGUCAUCAGAUAUUUCGCUCGACGUGAACUGGUUACUACAUGUAUGACCCAAUUCAACGACCAGCCGGAGAGUUACAGCGCUUGGCAACAGUCCUUUCAAAACGCAGUAAGAGGACUUCAUCUAACAUGCAGCGAGGAAAUGAAUUUGCUGGUCAAGUGGCUUGGGAAAGAGUCAGGAGAACAUGCAAAACGUAUUCGAGCUGUCAACACUAGCCAACCUCAAAGAGGACUUCAGAUGAUAUGGGACAGACUGGACGCAUGCUACGGAGCCCCUGAAGUUGUCGAAGAGGCACUCUUCCAACGCAUCAGCAACUUCCCCAAAAUCACCUACAAAGACUAUGCAAAACUUCAUGAGCUCAGUGACCUUCUUAUGGAACUGCAGGCGGCCAAGACAGAUGGAACUCUUCCCGGCCUUCACUACCUCGACACAGCCAGAGGAAUAAGUCCUCUUGUCCAUAAGUUGCCCUCUAGUCUGCAAGAGAAAUGGCUGUCUGUUGGGUCCGAUUACAAAGAACGUUGUCGAGUCUCAUUCCCUCCCUUUGAAGUAUUUGUGGACUUUAUUUUCCAUCAGGCUAAAAUCAGAAAUGACCCUAGUUUCAACUUUGCUGUUCAAGCUGACAUUGCAAUGACGGACAAGACCUUUAGAACAACCAAACCAAAAGAAAUAUCAGUCCACAAGAUGGACGUCUCUCCUACAGAACACAGUGAUGAAGCUGAGAACCCCGAACGUCACUGCCCAAUUCAUAAAAAACCCCACCUUCUGAGGAAAUGUCGAGCUUUCCGAGAUAAACCCAUAGAAGAAAGGAAAGCAUUCCUCAGAGAACACAAGAUCUGCUUUAAAUGUUGCACAUCUUCAAAACACAUGGCUAGAGACUGCAAGUAUACGGCCACAUGCACUGAAUGUGGGAGUGAGAAACAUAACUCUGCUCUUCAUCCAGGACCAGCACCACAGACAGAGGAGCCAUACCCCUCUUCAAAGCAUGGCGGGGAGCCAACAUCUUCAGAAGUUGCCAGCAGCUGCACUACAGUCUGUGGUGGUGAUCAAAGCGACAGGUCAUGUUCUAAAAUCUGUUUGGUUAAAAUCUACCCCGUCAACCGUCAAGAGAAGGCAAUAAAGGUCUACGCUAUCAUUGACGAACACAGCAACAGAUCCUUGGCCCGGUCUGAGUUCUUCGACACCUUCAAAGUGCAAGGAUCCCCCUCUCCAUACUCUCUCCGAACCUGUUCGGGAGUAACAGAAACCAUGGGGAGAAGAGCUACAGGUUACCAGAUCGAAUCCAUGGACGGGAAAGUCAGUCUUCCUCUACCAAGUCUGGUUGAAUGCAACGACAUCCCUAACAAUAGAUCAGAGAUCCCAACUCCCAAUGCUGCAUCUAAUCACCCCCACCUGAAGUCUAUUGCUCAAUUCAUCCCAGAGCUCGAACAGAAUACACCCAUUAUGCUUCUCCUAGGGCGAGACAUUAUCGCAGCCCACAAAGUUCGCAAACAGUUGAACGGCCCUCGAGAUGCUCCUUAUGCACAGAAACUCGACCUGGGGUGGGUGAUAGUUGGUAACGUCUGCCUGGGAGGUGUGCACAAGCCAGACAGUGUAAAUGCCUUCUAUACCCAGACAGCAGAAUGGAAACGCCCUUCCAUCUUUCAACCAUGCCCAAACACCCUGCAGGUGAAAGAGAGGUGCAGUCAGUUUCAAUACAAAGACUAUCCUAAGAUACAGACGACAGGGAUUCUUACAUGCAGUCGAGAAGCUGAGGAGUUGGGCUCCACAGUGUUUCAACAGACAAGGGAUGAUGACAAACUUGCUCCAUCAAUUGAGGACAUUUCUUUCUUGAAAAUCAUGAGAGACAACUUAAAGAAAGAUAAAAACAACAGCUGGGUAGCUCCGCUGCCUUUCAAGUCACUAAGGCGCCGUCUCCCCGAUAACAAACUACGAGGCCCCCAUCAGACACAGAAGAUGGCCGACCUUCCGGAAGAUCGCCUCUCUACUGAACCUCCAUUCACAAAUGUUGGCUUGGAUGUGUUCGGACCGUGGGCUGUGUCUUCACGACGUACAAGAGGUGGCUUUGCUCAGAGUAAACGGUGGGCAGUGUUAUUUACCUGCAUGAGUGUUCGAGCUGUCCACAUCGAGGUAAUAGAAUCUCUCGACACGUCAAGCUUCAUCAACGCUCUUCGGCGUUUCCUUGCUGUUAGGGGCCCUGUGAAGCUUAUUCGUUCAGACCGAGGAACUAACUUUGUCAGCGCGUGUAAAGAGCUGAAGAUCUCCUCAAACAUCAUUAAUGCUUCGGUCGAGAAGUAUCUCUUGGAUCAAGGAUGUGAAUGGAAGUUCAACGCUCCUCACGCCUCUCAUAUGGGUGGUUCAUGGGAGAGGAUGAUUGGAGUAGCACGAAGGAUUCUGGACUCCAUGUUCCUCCAGCUGGGAGCUUCACGACUCACUCACGAAGCACUCACUACACUGAUGGCAGAGGUUGCUGCAAUCAUUAAUGCCAGACCUCUGAUCCCAGUGUCGACUGACCCGGACGACCCCCUCAUCCUUACUCCAGCGACCCUCCUCACCCAAAAGGUGAGUAUUCCUUCUGCCCCAGUCGGUGAUUGGAUCAAAGACCUUCACAAGUCCCAGUGGCGUCAAGUCCAACAUCUUGCCCAAACUUUCUGGAGUAGAUGGAAGAAACAAUACCUUGCAUCACUUCAACCACGGAGAAAGUGGAUGGCCUCCACCCCAGACCUUCAGCUUGGGAGUAUUGUCCUUCUCAAAGACAACCAGCUUGCAAGAAACGAGUGGCCUCUGGGCUUGAUUACUCAAGUCUUUCCAAGCAAAGACGGUAAGGUGCGGCAAGUGGAGAUCAAGGUCUACAGGAAAGAUGGGACUAAACUCUUCCUGCGUCCCAUUUCAGAGACAGUCCUCUUUCUUGCUCCUGAUUAGGAACAAUAAGAGCUGUAGGGACAUUUAAGUGAUGACAUUUGAUAAUGCCAGGCGGGGAGUGUUCUGCCACGGUUAUUAAGAUGACUUUAUUUAGUGUGUGUUUAUUUCCGAGUCAUUUCAGUUGGUUCUGUUAAGUGAGCUGUACCUUUAAGAAACACGCAGAUAGGUCACGUGUUUAGACUCCGGAAGUAUUUCAGACAGGUGCGCACAACUCCGCCUCAUUCCUCGUGUUUCUCAGCAAACUAUCACAUCUUAUGCUGUUCGUGGCAUCGUUGUUUUACCCUUGCAAUUGUCAAUAAACCUGGCCUCCAUCAGUCAACCUGGUGUUCAGAGUUUUGAUGAGCGGAAGGUGUUGAACUUACUGCCUUCGUGUACAAGUGUGCUUAAGGAAGGCAGGA